AUGGCUCUAAGAGACGAGCUCGUCCAGUUCUUACGCAAGAACGCAACCACAUUUGCAUGGACUAUAGAUCACAUGACCGGGAUCGAUCCAAGCAUUACAAGCCACGAGCUCAACGUUGACCCGACUUACAAGCCCGUCAAGCAAAAGCGUCGAAAGCUUAGAGCAGAACGCACAACCGCAGUCAAUGAUGAGGUACAAAAGCUACUUGAUGCGGGAUCAAUUACUGAAGUGCGUUAUCCAGAUUGGCUCGUCGAAGCCACAGCUGGAAACGAAUUGUUGUCUUUCAUGGAUGCGUUCUCGGGUUACAAUCAGAUAAUGAUGCACAAAGACGACCGUGAGAAGACUGCUGGAGCAACAUAUCAGGGACUGGUGAACCGCAUGUUUGCAAGUCAACUCGGAAGAACAAUGGAAGUCUAUAUUGACGAUAUGCUCGUCAAAUCAGCUCAAGCCGCAGAUCACGUUGCACACCUGAAGCAAUGUUUCGAGAUACUCAACAAGUACAGCAUGAAGCUGAAUCCGGCAAAAUACACAUUUGGGGUCACUUCCGGAGAGUUUUUGGGAUACCUCGUUACGAAGCGCGGCAUAGAAGCAAAUCCAAAACAGAUCUCGGCAAUCAUCAACCUCCCUUCUCCAAGGAAUACACGCGAGGUUCAGCGUCUAACUGGACGCAUUGCUGCACUUAACCGUUUCAUCUCUCGCUCGACAGAUAAGUGUUUGCCAUUUUAUCAACUUCUUCGCGGCAACAAACGUUUUGAAUGGGAUGAGAAAUGCGAGCUAGCAUUCACACAGUUGAAGGAUUACUUGUCAUCCCCGCCAGUCCUGGCUAAACCCGAGCAAGGAGAAACUUUGUAUCUCUACAUCGCCAUCUCCUGUUCAGCCGUCAGUGGUGUGCUUGUCAGAGAAGAUCGUGGAGAGCAACAUCGAAUCUUCUAUGUGAGCAAAACUCUCGAUGGUGCAGAACUUCGGUACCUGACUCUUGAGAAGCUUGCAUACGCAGUGGUAAUAUCAGCUUGCAAGCUUCACCCUUACUUCCAAUCUCAUACCAUCGAGGUCCUGACCAACCAGCCGCUCAGAACAAUCCUUCACAGCCCAAGUCAGUCAGGGCGCCUUGCGAAGUGGGCAGUUGAAUUAAGCGAGUACGACAUCGAGUACAAGAAUCGCACAUGCGCUAAAUCACAGGUUCUCGCGGACUUUCUCGUAGAGCUCUCUCCUGAACUCGAAGCCGACACCCCUCCACCCGAGAUAUGGUCUCUUCACGUUGACGGUGCUUCAUCAAAAAUGGGCUCAGGAGCAGGCGUACAUCUAACCUCGCCAACAGGUGAAAUCUUGGAGCAGUCAUUCCGCCUUGCUUUCACUGCCAGAAACAACGAUGCUGAGUAUGAAGCGCUAAUCGCUGGAUUACGUCUCACACAUGGAAUCGGAGUGAAAAAGAUACAAGCCUACUACGAUUCACAGCUGGUCACGCACCAAUUCAGUGGGGACUAUGCAACAAGACACGCACGCAUGGAUGCUUAUCUGAAAGUCGUCCGCGACCUCUCACAACAGUUCGAGUUCUUUGAGCUCAUCAAGAUUCCACGCAGCGACAAUGCUCCCGCAGACGCACUUGCAACGCUAGCCUCUACAUCGGACCUAGACCUCCACCGAGUAAUUCCGGUGGAAAGCAUUGAUCAACCAAGUAUUGACGUCGAACUCAUUGAAGCCGCACUUUCAACAGAAGCAUCAGCAAACCCGAGUGCUAGCUCGGCAAUCAUCUUGACAGUCACGAGAUCAGCCUUAACGGCCACAAACGCAAGCACUUCCACCACGCCCAUUCCAACCCCAGCACCUCCAGCUAUCCCCGUGCCAGCACCCGCUACCUCCUCGCGAGACGACUGGCAAACGGAGAUUAUAGCAUUUAUCGCGGACGGAAUUAUGCCGAAAGACAAGUGGGAAGCAAGACGACUUCACGUCAAGAGCACGCACUACACGAUGUUGGAUGGAAGCUUGUUUCGUUGGGUGGCAAAUGGCGCACGUCUCAUCUGCGUAAAUACAAAAGACGUCAACGUCAUCAUGCGAGAAGUCCAUGAANGGGAUCCCGACGCUUCGACGCUCUAUGCUAGUCCACGAUCCGGAGUUGAACAACAAGAUGUUGUGCGACAGACUGCUUUUCCUCGAAGAAGAGCGCGAUGCAUUGGCACUUCGAAUUCGCUGCAACGGCCAUUUCUGGCCGACAGUGGUCGCCGAUUGUACUGCAUUCGCAAGCAAGUACGAAAAAUGUCAGCGUCAUGCACCCUUCAUCCAUUCUCCGACCGAACUCUUGCGCACAACGUCACCACCCUAUCCAUUUAUGCGAUGGGCGAUGGAUAUUGUCGGUCCGCUAACACCAUCUCGCCAAAAGAAGUACCUCCUAAUUAUGACGGACUAUUUCACUAA